CGCCCGAGCACGUGAUGCUGGCGCGCAAUUGGCUGUACGGCGGUAACGUCGAGGGCUUUGAUAAGUGUACGGGAUACCCUGGAAGCUUGAAAGCCGGAACUCGGCUAGUAUGCUAUCGUGACGACUUGAGUAAAAAUCGCCAGUGAGCCUGGACACAGUGCUGUAGAGUUUGAGGAUGUUUCUUGGAUACAUCACAGUGUGAGAAUGAUGACUUUACCUCCACCUGAACCCCUGUUUGUUCUACGUGGGGCUGCAUCACCUGUGAACACCCUGAAAUUUCACUGCAAAACGUCUUGUGGAGCUGAACCUUUCCUCUUCUCUGGGUCUAGUAAUGGAAUAAUUCAUACCUGGAGCCUCACAACUAGAAGACCAGUUGCCGAACUAAAUGGCCAUCAGGGAAAAUCAGUUUUAUGGGUACAAACCCUAUGGGACAAUGAUUCAUUGAUCAGUCAGGGCCGUGAUCUGAGACUUUGCUUGUGGGACCUGGCUGAGGGAAGAUGUGCAGUUACUGAUACCAUCGAGGCAGGCAAUGUUGGAUUCUGUCAGUGCUCCCUGCUGGACAGGGGUAGCAGUCAGAAGCUGUUAGCUGUGCCUGGCUCCUGUUCAGAUGAGGUUCAAAUCUUGGAUCUUGCUACCAGAAUGAAAGUGUGCACCUUAAAGCCAAGCCUUAAGAUGGGGAUGCCAAUGUGUAUACGCCUGUGGCAGCCUGAUUUUGGUCCUGAUCCCCUGUUAUUAGCGGGAUAUGAGAAUGGCUCUCUCACACUUUGGAGUUUAUCAGAAAGGCGUCAGCUGUGUUCUCUUUCCUGUCAUAAUGAGCCAGUCUUGAGUCUUGACUUUGACUCGGAGAAGUUACAAGGUGUCUCUGGUGCACCAGAUAAGACAAUUAAGAUCUGGAAGCUAGAUGGACAAAAUUGCCUAAAGCUGAAGAGAUCUUUUGACGUUGUAAAUCCAGGCAUAUCACAUCUUUGUAUCCGAGAAGACAAGAAGAUCCUGGCAGCAGCUGGAUGGGACCAUCGGAUUCGCAUUUUUGGCUGGAAGAAGAUGAGUCCUCUUGCUGUACUGCGAUUCCACACAGAAAGCGUGCAUUGUGUAACUUUUUCUGAUCAUGAGAUGUCCUCUGAUAGACUGAUGGCAGCUGGAUCCAAAGACCAGCGUAUUAGUGUCUGGUCGAUUUACAAUCAGAAAUAGAUGACUAUGCAUAACAAGAUGCUGUGAAAUUUGAGGACACUCUGGGAGCAUGCAUUAUGUGAUCUGAUUUGGUGAAGGAAACUAGACAAUUUCAGUACCUUUUACAGUAUUUGAAAACACAAAAAUGUGACUUCCUUUUUUUUUUUUUUUGAUCUGAAAGGGAUGUGGUGGCCUAACACCCUAUGGCCAGCCCUCAUGUUUGUUUAUUAAGAGACCAAUUCAGUUGUUCCUCACAUCAGGAUGCUUACAGCUAAAUGCAGAUAUUUACUGAGAGUCUAUUUGCCCAGAUGACUUUACUGUCAAGAAACAAAGCCAUACCAAUCCAUUGCUCAUCUGUUUUGCUUGGCAAAAUUAGUAGAGAAGGAAGGAAAAUAGAAAGGAAAGAAACUGUGCCUCUGUAAGCAAUAAGGUCGCUGUGCACACAGAUGUGUGACUUUUUCCUGCCCCAUGUCUAGUUGUCUUUAUAGAAGAGAUAGUCAGGGAUCAUAAAGAGAUAGAUAUUAUAAAUUAAGUGAUAGCAGCAAAGUCAAAACAAAAACACAAGACUGACUGAAAGAAUGGCAGUGGGCCCAUUGACGCUUGAGAGAAGAGCAAUACCAGCAACUGUCUGGAAAUCAGGCCGUUAGCCUUUUUUGACUUAGGUCACCUUGAUUAGUCACAGCUACAAUUCUACCCUUUGAUUAUUUCUUAUUAAAGCUGGAGUUCUUGUACACUGUAAAGACUCCAUGUGACAUGGUUGACUUUGAGUGCAAAUGUCAUAAAGAAUUUGUGAAGGCGAUAAUAGGUGUGCCUCUAGGUUUGAAUGAUCCUACUCUGCUGAAGUGUGUCAGCAUAGUUUCAGAGGCUCUGGACAGAGCAUUACUUUCCAUGGUUCACUGAUGUGACAACUGCACUUAAGAAAUCUUGUCAGAAACAUAAAUGUUCUGUCAAACAACACAGUGAUACACCUGCAUAUAUAGAUGUGCUGUGAUUUGCAAGUUAUGGAAGAAGAUUGGCCACUCACAUGACAGUUAAUCGGUGCAUACCUGUGGCAUACUGAAAGUUAGUGGGAAAAUAAAUUGAACCAACGGCGUUUUGGUUUUAAAAAUGUAUGAUGAGAACUAAAUAAGUGAAUACUUUUCAAAGCAUAGUUUAAAUUAGAGAUCAUUUUAUUCAAGAGAUGUCAUAAGCUGGAAAAGCUGUGCUUGCUUUACAAGUUGCGCAAUACCUUUUUUUCUCUCUCUCUCAAAUAAGUAUCAUAAAGGGAUUCAUUAUUUUUUUCACUUGCCUUUCUGAUAGGAGAUACGCUUGAGCAGACUUGAAUUUGACCUGUGUACCUUAAUGGGCGUCACUUGGAGUUUCUUCUUCUUGCUGACCUCUUUCAUGAACCACACCUCAUUAAUCAGUUGCCACUAAACACAAGUGUAAAGGCAAGACAUGCAAGAGGUUUGCUUACUGGGUGUAUUGGAAGCUGUGGCAUCCAUAACUACAAACGUUUUGUUUAUUUAUUUAUCUUUUCUUUUAUUUUUCAUUUUUCCUGUAGCAAUGGUGAUCUUAUUUACAGCAGUUCAGCCUUAAUUGGAAAUGGGACACUUACUAGCAUUCAUAGUAAAGUGAAGUAUACAGUAACUUUGUGAAACACUGUACUGUUGGGAUGCUCCUCCUUGUGGACAUGUCACAAAAUUUAAACUCCUACUCUAAGCUCAGAUGCCUGUAAUUCUGUUUAAAUUUAGGUGUUUAAUAUAAUUAUUCUUUUAUAUUAUGUCUGGUUAGAGCACUGUAGAAUGGGACAAAUUAUUAAGAGUCUCCCAGUGGGUCAGAGAGACUGCGAUUGGAUUGACAAUACACAAUGUUCUUUCAGACCCUGAUUUUACUGUGGAACUGAUGUAAAUGGAUAUGCAUUUAGCUUCUGAAAGAAAAAAAGGAAAUGUGGCUCCCUUUGGAAAGCUUUUCAUUAAAUUCAGAGUGAGUGCAGCUUCUUCUUACUUCUUUUGCCAACUUGCAGUCUUUAUAGCACCUUAGCUGUUGGUAACUUGGUCAAAAACUCCCAACAAGAUUACUUCUUCAAAUAUUGGAAUGAUUUGUGUAAUUUCAAACACUAAAGGUCAGAGAUUCAAAACCUCCAAAUGAGCAGAAUUUGAAUCUUCACAGUUUAAGGGUUUUUCAUAUUUGAUUGUGUCUUUAUUUUUUUACAACUUUGUGGGCCAUGAUAGGUUUCUUUUCACUCUGUUUUUCUUUCAUGCUGGGUCUUUGGUUUUCCGUAACACUUUUUUUUUUUUUUGAUGUUUUUUCCAUUUGGUAGUGCAUGCACCAGGGAUUACUUAAAUAAAAAAAAAAAAGUUGAUUCCUUUUUAGUCAUAACAGAGACAUUGUGUCCAAUAAGAGAACAAUCUAGUUAAAAUCAACACUGCUGACUUUAUUGUUUUGAAUUAAUGCCAAAGGUAAAUUGUAGUGCCAUCCAGAAGUGUUUUCCACCUCAGAUCCAAUGGUGCCAGGAUAGACACUCAGCUGGAUUAAGCAGGUCUGAGAAUAAUGUGAUGUCAAAGGUACGUUUCUGACUUUUGUAUUCAUUUUCAGUUGACUUUCUCUAUAGGUCAUAACUGUGGACAUUGUGCCUUAAGUGCAUCUGUAUUAGCAGGUGUUUUAGAAAGGAAUAUAAUUUUCAUUAAAUCUGUUUAGUUAUGUUGGUUUGUGAUAAACUGAAUUAUACUGACUUGCCUAGCAAUUGGCAGAAAGUAGUCAUUUAAACGUGAGAAUUAAGGUUUUAUCUGCCAGCUGCUGUGAAAGGUUCUAUUUUGGCUCACUCUGCAAUGCCUGGCAGUGAUUUUGGUCCUUUUUGAGAUAUGAUGUGUUUAUUUUUUUGUGUAUUGUGAUUUCUGGACAUUCAGCAGACUCAAUGAAUGUGCUGGCAGUUUUUUGUUGAAUAUAAACUGUGACAAGUGAAAUAAAUGCAAGAAAAAAUCUUGUAA